UUGCAGCGCUUUCAGCUCGAUUGUUUUCGUCUGAUGUUUAUUAGUAUUAAUGUUCUUAUGUACAGACUGAUCGCUCUCUUCUAGAUAAAGCAGAUUAUCCAUUACAAGACUGAUUACAGUAUCAACCAAAGAUAUAAAAGAGGAUGCCUUUUUCAAGAGGAAAGAAGCCAAUUGUGAGCAGGAUCCCAAAGCUGCACACAAAAAGCUUAGAAAAUCAGGAGGAUGGCCCGCAGUCCAAGCGGUCAUCGUCUCCUCCUCAGGGAGCCCCCAGGAAGAGAACGGCCUUUAUCGACAUCACCAAUGCUCACAAGAUUGAACUUAGCAACCCGAUCAAGAAGAAAGAUCCAGUCAAGAAGGCGCUAAAGAAGACCUCUGUGGCUGCCAAGAACACGACCAACCUAAAAAAGUCGGUCUCUGUCAGUUCAGAGGGUCCAUCUAAAGAGCUGCUGAAAGAUGAAUCCCUGGUAAACAAACCUGAGGAGCCCCUUCCUAAAGCUCCAAUCCCUUCACACCUACUAACUCCACAGAUCCCUCCGGAGUUCGACAUUGACAGUGAUGCUUCAACUGACUACACUCAGACACCAGAAUAUGCAAAAGACAUUUUUGAUUACCUGAAGAAAAGAGAGGAGAGCUUUGUAUUACAUGACUACAUGGAGAAUCAGACAAACCUGAACCCAUCCAUGAGAGCUAUACUAGUGGACUGGCUUGUAGAGGUGCAGGAGAACUUUGAAUUGAAUCAUGAGACGCUGUACCUGGCAGUAAAAAUGACCGAUCAUUAUCUGGCAGUGGCUAAAGCUAGCAGAGAGUCCCUCCAGCUUAUUGGAUCCACGGCCAUGCUGCUUGCCUGCAAGUUUGAGGAGCGACUCCCACCUUGCGUUGAUGACUUUCUAUAUAUCUGUGAUGAUGCAUACAAACGCUCUCAGCUCAUCACCAUGGAAGAGAACAUCCUGCAGGCGCUCAACUUUGAAAUCAACAUUCCCGUUCCAUAUCGCUUCCUACGCCGCUACGCCAAGUGUGUGAACGCCGGGAUGGACACGCUGACCAUGGCUCGAUUCGUCUGUGAGCUCAGUCUGUUGGAGAUGCAGUUCGUCCCGGUUCGAGCAUCUCUGCUGGCUUCUGCCUGUCUGCUUAUUGCCCUGGUAACAAAGGAUCUAGGUGGCUGGACCCCGUGCCUGCAGUUCCACUCUGGCUACAGCAUAGAGGAUUUAGCACCAGUGGCUCGAAAGCUCCAGAACAUGUUGAGCAGCCCUGGAGACAGCAAGCUCGCCACCAUCCGCAGCAAAUACUCUCACAAGGUUUUCUUUGAAGUGGCUAUGAUGCCUACCGUGAGCACAGAGAAGCUGGAGCUGUUUCUGAAAUGACAAAAGAAAACUAAAUAAAGUUUAAUCUAUAAGCCGUGUAAAUAUUUGUACUAAUAUUGUAUAUCCUGCUUUAAAAUAAAGUGUGUUCUGUUA